GCGGCCUCAGGCGUGGGGCGCGUUUCCGCCAUUUUUGAAAACUGCAGAGGUCCUUGCGGGAGCAGUGGCGGCCGUGGCGAUGGCAGCGUUUGCGGUGGAUCCCCAGGCGCCCACGCUGGGAUCUGAACCAAUGAUGCUGGGUUCACCAACAUCUCCAAAAUCAGGUGUUAAUGCCCAGUUCUUACCUGGAUUCCUAAUGGGGGACUUACCAGCUCCAGUGACCCCGCAACCUCGAUCAGUCAGUGGCCCGUCAGGAGGAGUGAUGGAGAUGAGGUCACCUUUACUUGCAGGGGGCUCACCACCACAGCCAGUUGUACCUGCGCAUAAAGAUAAAAGCGGAGCUCCGCCUGUUAGAAGUAUAUAUGAUGACAUUUCCAGCCCAGGACUCGGAUCAACACCUUUGACUUCAAGAAGACAGGCAAACAUUUCCGUGAUGCAGAGUCCUCUUGUUGGCGUGACAACUCCUGUGACUGGGCAAAGCAUGUUUAGUCCAGCAAAUAUUGGUCAACCACGAAAGACGACACUAUCUCCUGCCCAGCUGGAUCCUUUUUAUACUCAAGGGGACUCUCUGACGUCAGAAGAUCACCUAGAUGACACUUGGGUGACAGUGUUUGGGUUUCCACAAGCAUCUGCUUCUUACAUAUUACUGCAGUUUGCACAGUAUGGGAAUAUCUUAAAGCACGUGAUGUCUAACACAGGCAACUGGAUGCAUAUUCGUUACCAAUCUAAAUUACAAGCCCGAAAAGCCUUAAGCAAAGAUGGGAGAAUAUUUGGAGAAUCUAUCAUGAUUGGUGUCAAGCCGUGUAUAGAUAAAAGUGUCAUGGAAAACAGUGACAGAGGAGCCUUGUCAUCUCCAUCUCUAGCCUUUACGACACCAAUCAAGACCUUAGGCACCCCAACACAGCUCGGAAGCACGCCCAGGGUUUCUACCAUGCGGCCUCUUGCCACAGCGUACAAGGCCUCCACCAGUGACUACCAGGUUAUUUCUGACAGGCAAACACCAAAAAAAGAUGAAAGUCUUGUAUCCAGAGCGAUGGAGUACAUGUUUGGCUGGUAGUGCUGUAAGUGCUGGACUGAACCAUUAGCGGAGGACUGCCAGCUCCCCUGGGUUAGUUGUAUAACCAUUCCUGGCAGUGUUGGAUAGCUGUCUUAGAUCUGUCUUCGACAACCUUUUAUUUAAAGAAACAGCCCAUUGGUAGCUUGCACUUUACAAGAUGGCUGAGACACACCUGAAGAAAGACCGUGCAGAUAGCACUUUGUGCUUAGUGCUGUGUACUCAGCGCUGACUGUGGUAACCUAAAUGACUGAGUUUGAAGUGAGUCAUUAGCUCUCAUGAGAAGAUGGAUAAAUUUCAUGGACAACUGCUUCACCAAGACACAGUGAUUACAAUUAGCAAUUUGAAUUAUGGUCUUUAAUUUAGGUAGUAUUUAAUAUCUUGAUUAUCUUUGUAUAUGUCUUGUGGGUUCUCAUCUUUUAUGUUCUUUUUAAAACCAUCUAGUACUAACGUUUCUUAAUAAACUUUGUCAAUUUUUAUGU